ACAAAGCGGAAGGGAAGGACAUGAGCAAACUUCUGCAGCUGGUCAAACCGUGUGAGUGGAAGAAUUAAAUUCCAGCAACCAUCUUCAUAAAAAUCGCUACAUUGCGAAUCAACCGUUUGCGGAGCUGAUGCAAAAAUUGGGUUCUCAAAACAUUCACAAUGGCAGCCGCCAAGGAGGUGCAAGAGGCUGCUGCUACGGAUGCUGGGGAAGGGGCCACGGUGACUCUGGUGGCCGGGGACACGCGGCUGGUGGCGGACAGGGCCGUCCUGGCAGACAGGAGCCCCGUGUUCGCCGCCAUGCUCUGCCAGGACACACCGGAGGCCAGCAGCAGUGUGGUCACCGUCCCCGACGUCGAGGGCCCGGUGCUGCACCAGCUGCUGGCCUACAUGAACUCCCUCCAUGCUCCCGAGAUGCCCCGCAUGGCCCCACAGCUGCUGGCAGCUGCAGACAGGUACGGCGUGUGGGGGCUGAAGGUCCAGUGUGAGGAGCAGCUGGCCAGUCAGCUGUCAGCAGAGAACGCGGCGCGCACGGCGGUGCUGGCAGUGAGGCACUCCUGUCCCAGCCUCGCAGAGGUCGCUGUCGCCUUCAUAAAAGCCAACUCGCUGGUGUUUGCCACAGCGGGUUGGGCCGAUGCGGUCCUCAACCACCCUGAUGAGGUGGUCAAAGUGAGUCAGUUGCUCGGUGGGCCACUAACAGAAUCCAGGAGCCUUCCUGGAAAGAAGAGUAGCCGAGGACUGAUCCAGGCAGCUAAGGAGGGGGCGGUGGAGGAGCUCAGGGUGCUUCUUGCAACAGGGGCGAAAGUGGGGGCGAGGGACGAGGACAUGUGGACUGCCCUGCACUGGGCAGCUGAGAGGGGACACCUGGCAGCAGUAACAUGUCUGGUGGAAGGUGGAGCAGAGGUGGAUGUGAGGGACAGCAAGCAGAACACGCCACUGCACUGGGCUGCAUACCGUGGUCACGUGGCUGUGACGCGGCGAUUGCUGGACUCCUCUGCUGACCCCGAUGCCAGGGAUAAGUAUGGGUGGACGCCGCUGCACUGCGCAGCAGGAUGCGGCCACACAAAGGUGGCGGCCGUGCUGCUCGAUGCAGGGGCUGAAACUCAGGCCAGAGAUGCACGCGGGCGCAAACCAUGGGUCAUCGCCAGGCAGAACGGCAAGCAGCAGCUCGUGGAGAUGCUAUCGUGAAGCAUUCAGUGCAACAAACAUCUCUGCAAUGAUGCUGAAAUGACUCUCAAGAUCUGUUUGUGAUAUUGUUCUAAAUACAGAAUGCAAAUGUGAAUUCUACAGUCCAUCAUUUGUACUCACCUUUAAGUAGGACUCACGUACAGUGGUGUCAUUAUCAUAAACUUUGUAUUCUGUGGUGUGCGAGGCAAUUGGGGUUAAGCAGCCGUUCAUGCAAGAUGCCUGCCACAUUCAGACUUGACACACAAAUGAUUAAACAAGAAAUUCUAUACUUUGAUAGAAUGCAACACAAUCAUACAACUGUUAGAAUGAUAAUUGUUCAUGGUCCUAUGUGAUAAUACAGCUGUAGUUCCAUUGUCAACAGAAUAAAAAUAAGGUAAAUUCUUGU